GGCCUACAGCGGGCACAAGGGAGGCAACUCAUUGGGAGUUCCGCUCAUCAAUUCAGAGAGAAUGGCAGAGAUAUGGAAGGCUCAGAAGAAGCACCUCAGCUGUCUCCAGGACCCACCAGGAGUACUCCUGUACAUGGAGACUGGCACCAUCAAGAAGGGGGGGCACAUUCUGAAAACCUAUCGAUGUGCAAGAGGCUCCACUUCCCUCGAGUCCUUCCACCUGCACAUGAACAGGUUUAUUCCUGGAACACUGGCAAGUGACACCUUUUUUCAGGCGUACAUGUUGGAUGGCUUGGCCAGGUGGAACGAAGACCGGAGCAUGUCAGCAGAAGGAAGAUCAGAGCCUCACUCCUACAGCGGCCUCCUGAGGCAUGCUGCAAACCAGCUGUCACAGGAAGUUCUCGGGAAGAGCUGUGUGAAUUACACAGGGCCACAGGCGUACACAGGGGAACUCAUUGGGGUCGAGUAUCUCUACGACCAAACAGGAGAUGUUCUUGAGGACCGCAGAGUGGCAAUUGCAGCUUUGGAGACAGAAGACGUAGCUGUGGCAGAAGAUGAGGGCUUUGAAGAGUCUGAGGUUUUUGUGGAUCUCACAGUUCCCAUCUUGGAAACCACGCUCCAGACUCCUCAACCUGCCUGUUCACAUGACUUCAUGACAUCACCUGCAUCUGAACCCUUCCUAGAGAUACCAGCUGUGGAAGUUAAACAUGCUCCUGUGGAUGACCUGGAAGAAACUGCAUCUCCAUCAAGGCUGCCUGAUUUCCACUCUGAUGACACUAUUCCAGGGACAUCAAGGAGACAGGACUCCGUUGGCCCCGACAACACCGAAGCUUUCACAGCUGUGCAGGAUUUGGCUGAAGCACUCUUCAAUCUGAGAGAGCACAGCCUGGCUCUCACCCUUGAAGAGUCCAAUAACAUUGUUGCUCUUUGGAAGAGAUUGUCAGAGCACGACAAGGAGCGCACCGUUUUUUCUCCACGCCACCAAACAACCCUGAACAAAGGCCGUUUUAGAGCAACAAAAAAAAUUGUUGCACCAGGCGUGGAGUCGACAAAGCGGUGCUAUUCUGGAGCACGCAUUCCUGGACAGUGGCCAGAUUGCAACCGGAUUGUUGAGGCCAUUUUUGUCCAGCUCUGCAUGGCUUACCCAAACCCAAAGAGAAUGGAAGGUGUGGCAUUUUCAAGGUGGACCCUCAUAAUUCGUGCUUACAAGCACAUUAGAGAGUGCAUCCUGAACAACAUCACCAUCAUGGAGGAGACGACCAUACAGUUGCCAGAAGUCAACAAAACAACCCUCACACAGUGGUAUUGCAGACGCACCCGGACACAGGAGAAAGACAUUCUUGAACAGGGCAUUCUGGCACCAAAGCCAGCCAUUUCCGGUGAUACCAGUCAGCACUCAGCUCCACAGCACAAAGCCAUUCAACCUGCUCCAUCACACAAACCUUACACCUUCGUCCUUCAUCCCGACACGGCUGGAACGGCAAAACUGAAAAUCAAAAAGUCAGAUAGAGCACAGUGCCCACCUCAGCCUCAGCCACAGAACACAGGACAGUUGUCUGUGGAAAUUUUUCCACCAGCAACCUCAUCUGGUCCCACCUAUUCUGUCCCUUCUUUUAUUCCGAUCCAGCCACUUCCUCAACCCAUCCUGCCACAGUUUAUCUGUGCUCCGACUCCCUCUGUGCCAGUGUACCCUGUUGUGGCUGGGCCAUCAGCACCUAAAAGCCAGACACCACAUGUACCCUACACCACACAGCAGUACAGGAAGAGGAAGGAAAAAGAGGAGCAGGCUGGACUACAGACACGAAAAUAUGUAAAAAAAACAGACACAAUAGUUUGCAAGAAGUGCCAAAAAGAAAGAAAGCCAUCCUGCCAUAAACAGUAUUUUGGGAACUGGUACUGUGAAGAGACUGCAAACCAGUCUUUUGAAGACUGGAGAGCUGAAAUGGCUGCACGUGGCUAUGGUAAAAAAAAAUCUUAAAUGUAAAUAGCUUCAUUUUUUCUGUUUUUGAUGUUUGUGUGUUUACUGUUUGUUUUUUAGCCUGUUUGUAGAAUAAACAAGUGUGAGUUUUUGUAUUUUCUUGUUUUUCUUUAAUUAGACUAAUCAAAAUAUGUCCUGUUGGUGUCAAAUAGUAAAGGUUCUGGUGAACACAGUACCAGUAAGUUCAUAUCCUGACAGGGGCAGAAAAAAGGUUUAUCUUUGAAUUUUAUUAAGAAAACUACAGAUUGCAGCUCAGAAAGGUUUCUCCUCUCUCUGCUGUGAUUUCAUUUGCAGAUGUAGGAGGACAUUGAAACAAAAUGAAAGGGCCUGUGUACACUGUUGUGAUUUUGAGUUAGAAUUAAUUGAAUUAUGGUAGAUUGUAUUUUAUUUUGGUUCAGCCAAGGUGAGUAGAUAGAUCUGAAAAGGUGGAAAUUAAUAAACACCUGGAAUGAGUAUGUUUUCAUUGCCAUAGAGGGUUUUGAAACUAAUUAGAAUCAGGGGUUCAGGAAACUUGACAUCUUUAUUUCAGUGGCAUGUAAAUAGACUUAUAUUAAAGCUCAUUCAUUUAUUUUAUCAGUUUUUAUGCGUUUACUUUUGCUUGAAAUUUAUUUAUAAAAACGCCUACAUAGUUCACGGAGCAUUGUUAAUUAAGGUGUCAAGAAUGCUCCGAGCGGGACUCGAACCCGCUGCCUCGCACUCAACAGCACACCAAAAAUAACUACUACCAAAAUCGAUUGUGAGACUUAUGCGCGCAAGCCUUGGCG